UUCGGACGAGAAAAAUCGCAAACAGAUUGAAAACCCUACCGCCAUUAGAGAGUUUCUUCUUCAUUUCCUUGGAAGUUUCCGAGCUUGAUUCGGGAGUUUCUUCGUGCUCUGUUUCUCUCUCUAACAUCAGGAUCUGAAAGCUGCAUCGGGAUGUGCUCAAGGACUUGCUAAUUGGUAUUUAGUUUUUAUAAUACAAAGAGUUAAGUGUCUAUCUUCGAGCCAUGCCGGGAUCAGGAAACGAAGAGAUGGAGGUUAAACCCAUUGUACGGCUCUCUAGUAACUAUCCUGCAGGUAUUCCUAUUAAGAAAAGACGCUUUCCCUUAAUCAGGCCUCCAUCACCUCCAGCUGAAGAACCAUCUCCAGUAGAAAGUAAUUCACUACAAAAGGGCCAGUCCAGCCCGUCUCAGGGUUCAACUCUUUCAUAUUCUAGUGUUGGGACAAGUUCUUCAAGUUUAUCUGACGCGGUUAAGAAUCCUGAACCCGAAGAAAGAAAAGAAAGCUCUUGUGUUGCAAAUGAUGAUGUGGUCAGAGGAAAUAACAAUUUUACUAAAGUCAAAGUGGAGGAACCUAGCCUCACAGUUCACCCAAGUUAUUUGGAAAAUGUGAAUGGAAAAGAGAAACUCGUGGUGUCUAAAAUUCCUGUUAAUCAGAUGACAGGGAAAAAUGAGUUGAAUUUUUCACCGACUGAAUCUCUUGGACUUUUAGGGAUGAAUAUGGUUAAGCAAAGUGCUCAUGUGAAGGUUGAUGCAGAAGCAGAAGCGUCCGCUUUACGAGAGAACACUGAGUCAUUGUUAAGUUUGAAAGAGCCUUUUGUUCCAGUUUUGUCAAGCCAUAACAGGAUUGACCAGAAUCAGGAGACCUUAGAACCUAUUUCGCUGAAUUUGUCCUCGAGUAAAGAAAGCAGCAGCAGCAGCAGCCGGUGCAAAAGUGAUGCUGUUGAUAAAUUAAAUGACGGGAAUUCUACUCUUCGUGCAGAUCGGGCAAACUGGGAUCUAAAUACGCCUAUGGAUGCAUGGGAAGGUUCGAGUGAUGUAGCUGUUGGUCAAACAUUAGUUGACGGGAUGGAUGCAGCUGGUCAGACAAAAGUUAUAAAGCCAUCUUCUGGAGUUUCAGUCGCUUCAGAAAAGUGCAGCAAUACAGAGAGUGAGAAUUUAACUAAUCUCUGCAUGUCAUCAAGGCUGUCCAGCGACCAAUUCAAAUUUGACGACUCUCUUCAUUUACGGCUUAGUUCUUGUCUUCGCUAUACUUAUAAGGAACCUUCCAUUUCAACCCUUAAGUUGGAUUCACCCAAGGUUAUUCCUAAUAUUAGCUUAUCUGGAGUUGUUUUACCAAGUAGCAACUUGAAUAAGGUUAAUGUCACGACUGUAAAAUCUGAGCCAGUGGAGGAGAGUACUAAGCUGGAUACAGGAGGAGCUAAACCCUCUAAUGUGGCAAUAUUAAACAGUACAGCAGUGAAGCGAGAAUUUGAUCCAAGAACCAUAAAAUCUGAACCAGCUACUGAGGGUAACAAGGAAACAAUGAAUUCAAAAGAGGGAACAUCGGUGCAAUUGAAUGAAAAGAUGGUAGGUCUGCAACAAUCUUCUGCUACGACUAUGUCUAAAACUGAAGAGAUUACUUGUCCCAUUGGGAGUUCGUUUUCAGCAGAGUACAAAAAUUCUUCUGCUGCCGUUACAUGUAAAGCUGCAGACACUGCUUGCUUGGUUGGGAACUCUUCUUCGACCGAGUCCAAUCAUUCUUCUGCUGCAUCUACGUUUAAAACUGCAGAGAUUGCUUGCCCCGGCAUUAAUUCUUCUUUAUCCACCGAGUUGGCCGGAAAUGGAGAUCCUUUAAAUUCAGGACGGUUUAGUUGUGCUAAUGAGGGCCGUUCUGAGGUACAACAAGAAGCUUGUGAAAGUAGUAGGCAGGUUGCUCCAGAUAUGGGUGCUACAUUAACCAGUGCUGGUAGUAAAGUGGACUCUGGAAGAGCUGAAAAUAGUAAUACCGAUGAUGCAGGGGUAUGUAAAUCAAAAUGUAUGAAUGAUCUACCUCUUCAUUCACGCGGAAAUGGUGAGAGUGCUGUAAGUGAUGAGGAGAAGGUUAAUAUUUCAGCCGAUAUCGAAGUCUCUUAUAGUUCGGAUUACGAAUCAGAUGGUAAUCAUGCUAUUGAUAUGUCUAUUGAUAUGGAAAUUGAUAGUGAAGACGACUAUGAAGAUGGUGAGGUCAGAGAAAAACUUGAACGCACGGUAGUCAAGGAAUCUGCCUGUGAGAAAGGACAAGUGGAACAUACUGAUAACAGUGGUGUUAAUAACGGAGAGAUGCUCAGUGCGGGACUUAACAACAACACUGACCCUAAUUCUUCCCAUGUUGAGGUAAAAGACGCUAAAAUUGAUGCUGCUGAAAUAGAUAAGAAGGGUGGUGAAGAAGCUUUUGAUGCAGUUCAUACUGAUAAAUGUGAGAACGAAUCUGAUAAAACUGUGUGUUUGCAAGAGUCAUCCACUAUUGAAAAUGCACUUGGUGGAGCUUUUAUAAAUGAGAUGAACAAGGCUAUGCUUAGAAGACCUCUUGAUCAGUCGGGGCAGAGAGGUGUCCAGGAAAGCCAAUAUACAGAUUCUGUAAAAGCCGCUAAUGGAGGGGAAGAAACUUUGCAGACUAUCUCACUGGGGACCACUUUGAGUAUGAGUAAAGAUGACCUGCUUCUAAGGAAUGAUACAGCCAUGGUCAAAUUUGCAGAUGGUGAUAAUGCAGCAAGGGACAUUGAUAGCGGAAGUCAUCGUAGCCGGAUCAUAAACUUGCCCCGAUCUUCUGGAUUGUCUUCCCCUGGCAGGACAAGAACAUUUUCUGGCGGUGACAGGCAGUGGUCUAGGGUGGGAAGAGAGAGAUUGCCUUAUAUGGCACUUGAGGGAGAUAAAAUUUAUUCCCGAGGGAGAGAGGACUUUUACGUUGAUGGUGCCCAAAAGUUUUCUAGGGAGAGGCACUAUGAUCAGACAGCUAGGAACUCUAGGAUGAAUUUUCAGCGUGGCAGAGGUAGGAUUAACAGUCGAUCAGACACCUUCCGUGGUGGUCGAGACUCUGAUCGCGAAUUUGCUUCAGAGUUUUAUAACAGUCCAACAGAGUUUCGUGUUCCUAGACAUAAAUUUGCUUCUUCCGUUUCUGAUGCAGACUUUGAAUAUAAUACUUACAAUGUUUCCCAAGAUCUUGCAUUUGUCGGUUCUGGACGAGGAGGGAGGAAGCCUUUAAAUGAUGGAGGACCAUUUGUACGUCGAAUUCCCUCAAGGAGGCGGUCUCCUGGUGUGGCCCGUGGUAUCCAUAUGGUUCGAAGAAUCUCAAGAAAUAUUAGCCCAAAUAGAUGUGUUGGUGAAGAUGGUCCUGAGUUGGGCAGGUUAAAGCGCAAUGAGAAGUUUGUAAGGGGUUUUCCUGAUGAUACUAUAGAUUCCAUGUUCCCACGUCCACAACCUCAAUAUGAGGGCGUAGAUGGUCAUUUUGCCCAGGGUAACAGGAAUUUUCCUUCUGUCCAGAGAAGAGUUAGGCAACGAAUUCGUUCAAAAUCGCCCCUAAAUUCGAGAACUCGGUCGCCCGGGUCGUGGUCUUCCCCUAGGAGGCGAUCCCCAGAAGGGUUUGCUGGACAUCCAGAUUUGACUCAUCGAAGAUCUCCACAAUUUUAUAGGGUGAAUAGGAUGAGAUCACCUGAUCGCCGUUGUUUUGCUGGAGAGGUGGUUAGGAGACCAGAUUUAAGAGAUAUGGAUUCUGGAAGAGACCAUGGGCACCCAGGGUCAGUUAUGCCUAAUAGGAACCCUUCGGAUCGAAUUGUUCUCAGGGACAGAAGAUUUGGUGGUUUGGAUCCUCAAGAAAGGUCAGAAGGUGAUAAUUUUUUUGGGGGUCCUAUGCAUCCUGGUCGUUUACAGGAGCUUGGCGGUGAUGUAAGUGGUGAUGAAAGGAGGUUUGGUGAGAGACGUGGACCUGUCCGUCCAUAUAGGAAUAAUUUUAAUGGUGCUGAUGGUGAGAAUUCUCAUGUUAAUCCAGAGGAGGGUUCUAGGCCUUUGAGGUUCUGCCCAGAUGAUGACGCAGAGUUCCCAGAAAGGGGAAAUUUGACUGAAAGAGAUUUUCAUAGAAGCAUUAAGAAUCGGCCAGGAACUGCACCCAGAAGAAUAAGAAAUAUGGAGGAGCAGGAAGGAAAUUACAGGCAUGGUGGUCAGGUGUGGCACAAUAAUGAUUUUGAUGAUAUCUCACGAGUUAGAAGGAAAAGAUUCUGAAGUGUUUAGCUGUGAGCCUGAGGAUCCAUUUUACACAUCGAAAUAUGGGACUAGUGGACGUAAUUAGUUUAUGUACAUCUGCUCUGGUAAAUUUUACUUGCUAAAAACACAAAGCAAUCGCUGUUUGGUGAGUACAAGUCAUUGCUGAAAUCAGAUGCCAACUCGGGUUUGUGUUGCAUGACGUCCUGGGAAUGGAUGCUUUAUGGCCAAUCAUUAAUUGUUCUGCAGUGUAAAUAGUCUGGUUCUUGCAUCUUAGUUGUUAAAUCAUUAAUGUUAAUGAAGUUUGAUUGACCAAUCCUGUUCGUACUAAUCUGGAUAUUGGAUGCACUUAAUUUUCAUUCUGCAAGUUUUGUACCAUCACAAAGUUUGGUUGUGGCGCUCUACAUUACUGGUGGAGUCAAUUAUGUAAAUUCCUCAGUGGAGAUUCUACUUGAGUUUCUUGAAGAAUGUUCUGCUGUUGGUUUCUGCUUGGUGGACAUUUGCAGUUUUUCUGCCUUGUAGAUACUUUGAGGUGGUGCCUCGUGGACUUGGAGAAGUUAAUCCCAUUUCGUCUUCUGCAGCUAUCAUGGCUUGGAUUCAAUUUGUUGGCCUAAUCUAGAUGCGUUUAGCUUUAUAGUGGUUGAACAGUUACUGUUUAAUAUUUGCUAGCAAACCAUUAUGGAGUCUAAAAUAAAGAUCCUGCGUUGGAGAAUACUUCUGGGAUAUGAAGACAGUUUUGGAAUGGACAGUUGAUAUGCCAGUCAUUGUACAAAAGGAACAUGAGAUUUUGUUUACAAAUGUGGGCAGUUUCCGUGCUUCCUGAAGCUGUUCAGCACAUUGAACUUUUAACUGACGUCUUAAGCGGAAUCUUGAAACUUCGGCUACAGUUUUAUAUCACUAGUGAGCAAAAGGAUGUUGAAAUUAUUAUAGGUAGUUAUCUUUUGUUGCUUGUAGUCUCAGCUUCACUCACAGAUGCUUCAUGUGAUCAAUAAUCUUAAAAAGUGGCCGGUAAUUGCUUUUGAUACCGCCGCUUGUAAUGUGGUUGUUCCAUUGCAUACUCUGAUUUGGAAUUAGCUGCUCAAUUGGGAAUGAUCACUUUUUCGCAUUGUUAUGGAUAAUGGUUCGAUUUCUUUUCCUUUUA